AACAAUAUUCCCAGCAGCAAAUGUACGCCGCAGGCGGUCCGACUCAACCCGUAACGUGUGCUUGUCCAACGGAUGGACCCUGUUAUUGCGGGGGGCGGUACUAUCAUCCGGCAUAGGACUCUACGGGACCGGAGACUUAAUUAAACGCCCCAAGUGAGGAGUCACGGGCGUGUAGCAUCUUUAAUUGGUGGAUUGCCGAAAUACGGAACUUACUUACUACCAUCAGUUGUGCGAUUCUUGUAACAGUUUUGAAU